AUGGACCAGAUCCGAGAGCAGCUCACUCGCUUGCAGAUGGAGAUGGCGGUAGCGGAACGUGAAGGCUCGGAGCGUCCGGAGAUCGGCCACUUCGUCUUCCGAGGGUCUCCUGGCACGGGAAAGACGACGGUGGCGCGCGUGAUGGCGCAGAUCUUGCACUCGAUGAGAGCUUUGGGCACUACGAAGCUGGUUGAGACCUCCGGGUUGGAUCUUACCGGCGAGUAUCUGGGUCAGACGAAGAUGAAGGUGACGGGGAAGCUCGUGGAGGCGAAGGGAGGACUGUUGUUCAUCGACGAAGCUUACGAGUUGGCUGCGAUGACGGAUCCCGCGUAUAGCGGCAUGGUGAUCGUGAUCGCGGGCUACCCGAAGGACAUGGACGUCAUGUUGAACCGCAACGCCGGGCUUAAGAGCCGAUUCACACGAUUCAUCGACUUCCCGGACUGGGAACCCGAAGACGGCGUGGCGUUCCUUCGGGCGAAGGCGGAGAAGGAGGGGGUGAAGCUGGAAGCUGAAGCUGAAUUGGUCCUGGAGCGAACUUUUGCGGCGUUGAAGAUGCUGGAUGGGUUCGGUAAUGGUCGAGACGCUAUGCGGGUAUGGAAGGAGAUGAAGCAGUGUCGGGCAACGCGAGUGUUUAAGAACGACAUACACGAGGAGGUGAGGACGAUCACCGCUGAGGACGCAGCCAUGGCUGGAGAGAGCAUCGUGACUGCACGGCGCCCACCCGAUGGACCGGUGCUCUCGCAGUCGUCGCUGGUUACGGAUACCUCGAUGUUUAAGGUUCAGGAGCAGCAGCCACGACAAGAAGAAUCAUUCUCUGAGGCCACGGAACAAAAGGAACCUGAAGAAUUUUCGUUUGAACAAGAGCCGGAAGAGAAAGAGGCGGUCUUAGAGGAGAAGGUCGAGGUGGAGGCUGAAGAAGACCCGGACGCGGACGAAGAUGAAGAUCGAGAUGAGAAAAAGUCCAAGGAGCAGCGGGAUUCUGGCGUGUCUGACGAAGACUGGGAGGAAUUGGAGCGCGCGAAGGAAGCCCACGCUGCUCGCCUGGAGGAACUACGCCGUGCCCGUGACCAAGCCAAGCUGGAGGAAAAGCGACGCCGCGCUGCGGCCAUGCAGGAGAAGAUCCGUCGUAUCUGUCCAUGUCCAGCGGGCUACACUUGGUAUAAAGUUAGCGGUGGAUGGCGCUGUGCUGCAGGUGGACACCGAGUGUCGGACGCUCAACUGAACAGCCAGUUCACAUGCUAAC